AUGGAGACGACCAAUAACACGGCCACGAGAAUGAGCCAUACAGGGACAGCGAGAAGAAAAAAAAUCAAGCCGCCUUUGCUUUGGCUCCCGAGAGUUCCUGCCGCCUUUGCUUUGGCUCCCGACAUCAAGCCACCUCUCGAUCGGAUCAAUAAGCACCAUCUGCCGCCUUGGCCUCCCGAGAGCGAGCCACCUCGUGCUUCCUACUGCAUUGCUUUCCCAAACGCAUCGGCGACAAUAAUCAUGACUGAUGCGACGAGCUUGCUUAAGCAAGCAGCUCUCCUAGUAGAGGGAUGA